AUGUCUGGAAGAGGGAUUCAUAAAAGAGCCAAGCGUAUCACUCGAUCUUCUCGCGCAGGUUUGCAGUUUCCGGUGAGUCGUUUCCAUAGAUACCUCCGCCAGGGAAAUUAUGCUAAGCACAUUGGUAACGGUGCAGCUAUUUACAUGGCUGCAGUGCUGGAGUAUCUGACAGCUGAAGUUCUGGAGUUGGCUGGUAACGCUACCCGUGACAACAAGAAAGCAAGGAUCAUUCCUCGUUUUCUCAUGUUAGCUGUACGAAAGGAUGAAGAACUGAAUAAAUUGCUGUACGGAGUCACCAUAUCAAAAGGGGGUGUGGUCCCCAAUAUUAUACCAAUCUUGCUGCGAAAGAAGACAAGCAGAAAAGUAAAAAGUAGUGUGUGA